AAAUGCUACGCGUUUCCGCGGAGAAGCUGCGGUGUUUCCACAGAAAAGCUGCGUGUUUCCACGGAGAAGAUGCGUGUUUCCACGGAGAAACGGCAUAUUUCUACGGAGAAAAGGCUUUCCGUGACAGAGCAACGGCAAUAUUCCACGGAGAAGUUUGAUUUCCAUGGAAUAACAACACAUUUGUACGGAGAAGGUGCAAGUUUCUACGGAGAAGGGUUGGCCCGUAUGGGCCACCGUACUUCCGUGUUUGGAUGGCCUGAUCCAAACACGGCUUUCGACCAAUCAGAAUACGCGUUAUAUACAUGUUAUUUUAUAAUUUCAAAUACCAUAUUGCGAGUGUAUCUAAAAGUCGAGGGUCGAGAGUAUAGGUCGAGAGUCGAGAGUAAAAAGUCGAGAGUCGAGAGUAAAAAGUCGAGAGUCGAGAGUAAAAAGUCGAGAGUCGAGAAUAAAAAGUCGAGAGUCGAGAGUAAAAAGUCGAGAGUCGAUCGAGAGUAAAAAGUCGAGAGUCGAUCGAGAGUAAAAAGUCGAGAUUCGGAAAAUGUCAUCAGAAACAACAAAGUCAAAAUAUUUAUAACACAAUAUAUAACCGAUCCGUAACAACGGCUGAUUAUAGCCGUACGGGCGGGGGGAGGCAGCCCACCCCCCAGUCAAAAUAAAGUCAUGCAAAUUAUAGACGUAUAAAUUCGGGCAAAAAUUUGAGGAAAUAAAUUUAAAAAGAAGACAGUACAUGCAAUAUUGUAUUUGAAAAUAUCAGAAAUAUGUAAAAGUAACGAGGAAUCGACAAAUAGGAAAUAUUUUUGUCUACUUCCCAACGACAAUUUUGGAAAUUUAGUUACACGGAAAAUUUUAUUCAGUUGGUAAAAGUCGGGUAAAUUUUCUUUCUGGCUCCCGCCCGUACGCCUAUGACGGCUGAACUAAUUUUAAUUCCUGUGUAUCGGAACAUAAAGCAAACAAUAUUUGCGAAACAUAAUUAGUAUGCUCAAAUUCUCGAAAUUAAAGUAAACAAGAGGCAUAUACAAUCAAAGGAAUAAUCCAGUAUAAUAUAAAACAAAAACUUUCGCAAACUGAAUUUAGCCACAACAUUCAAUAAUAAUAACUAUUAUCUAAUAACUAGUUUUAUCGCUUCCUUAUAUAUUACUGUCCAUCCUUCCCGCUUUUACAUGCACCUAUUUCCGCGAAAAAUUACUCAUAUGUGAAGCGACAUAUAAAUACUAGGACUUUACAAUCACGUGCGAGACAUAUUACGUCAAAAGAAUCCUAUUUUUACUGGCUCGUAUUUAUGAAUUCACAAUUGUAUGAAUCGUUAGAUUGUGAUCAACGUGGAUUUCUUAAUAGGCUCUCGUUUGAUAUAAACGUACGUUAAUGAAUAAGUGACAUUUUAGUUACAAGCCUGGAGACAGUGGCGGAAAUUCACUUUUUCCGGGGGGGCAAAGCCUCCUAAAUUUUCGACAAAACUUGAUUUACGACGUACCCCCCCCCCCAUUUGCACUCGAAAAGACUGUUUUUAGGCCUCUUUUAGGCCAAAAUUUCAGAAAAUUCGGCAAUUUUCCGUGAAGGUGGGGGGGGGGGGCGGCCGCCCCCCGGCCCACCAAGAUUUCCGCCACUGCCUGGAGAUGGCUGUCAAAAUUCAGCGGAGUUUAUGUGUCAGUUAGCUAGAAUGAAAUGUGAAAACAUUUAGCAAGAUUGAGGCAUCAAAUACGAUAUUAUUUUCUUAUCCAAUCUUAGUUGUUCACGUUAUUAUUAUUGACUGUUGUAGCAAUAUUUAUUGGAAAGUUUGUAUUUCAGCCGUUGGUACUUCAGUUACGGAAUGGCUAUGUAAAGAAUAUUGCUAUAUUGCAUGUACUGUCUUCUUUUUAAAUUUAUUUCCCCCAAUUUUUGCCCGAAUUUAUACGUUUAUAAUUUGCAUGACUUUAUUUUGACUGGGAGGCGGGACUGCCCCCCUCGCCCGUACGGCUAUAAUCAGCCAUUGUUACGGAUCGGUUAUAUAUUGUGUUAAAAAUAUUUUGAGUUUGUUGUUUCUGAUGACAUUUGCCGACUCUCGACUUUUUACUCUCGAUCGACUCUCGACUUUUUACUCUCGACUUUUUACUCUCGACUCUCGACCUAUACUCUCGACUCUCGACUUUUAGAUACACUCCUAUUGCCGUGGAUACGGCAAAAUAUUGGAAACUGAUUUAGACGUCGAACUUAAUUGUGCCGUAUCAAAUUGCGAGGACACUAUAUUGGACAUAUUUACAAUGCUAUUAAUAUAUGAUAAUCAUAUUAUGUUAAAAAAUAAUUAUACAUUAGGUUCGGCGCAUGAAAAGCACGGCGCCUAAAUCAUUGUCGAACUUGUGUCGCAUAUACUUGUCUUAUCGCAUCUUCGAGUCGUGUCGAACUUAAUCAAAACCUGCCGAACUUAAUUGAUUUAGACGCCGCUCCAGCGUCGCACUGCCUUCUUUUCAACAAUUUUCCACUCCUCAACAAUGCAGCUGAUUCCAACAACACGCCCAGCACUAACGAACCCCGAGUCCCUGCCGAUCAGCAUGAACCACCAACCAUCAGUGCUGUACGGUCAAUGAACGACUGCACAGAACCACGCAUCCCACGCGACCCAUGCCCUUGCCCUGCACGUUCAGUCCCCUCACCACGUCCAUCUGAACUUCCAUUUCCAUGUACACCAGAAAACAACACGGAAAUGAAAAAGUGUCAGAAAACAACGCGGAAAUUAAAAUUGGUAAACGGUAACAGACGCGUGAAAUGGCUACCAUAGCGUUCCUCUUCGCAAAACCGACCGCCACCUUACAACCUUUAUCACUCCGUUUGAUCGUUUCCUCUCGUCAGGGGACGGCUACAAUCGUCGCUUUGACGCAGUCCUCUCGACAUUUGAGCGCAAGGAACGUUGGGUUGACGACACCAUAUAUUACGACUCUGACCUUGAACAGCAAGAUGGCGGACAAUUGACCUGCUUAUUCGUGUUGGUCAGGUCAGCUGGUAUCGUGUUAAAUCCAGACAAGUUCCAGUUUGCACAGAGGAGCGUUGAUUUUGCUGGUUUGAGAGUAUCAGACUCAACCAUCGAGCCUCUCCCGAAAUAUCUUGACGCCAUCAGGAAGUUUUCCUCCCCAGCAUCAACGACAGAUAUGACAUCAAAAUUUGGUUGAUGAUAUCAACCAGGUAGUGAACUAUCCGUCAGGGUGUGGAAAUCUUUGACAUACAGAAGCGUACAUGUCUCCGCUACAUGGCAGGUGAAGGGCGGGUGAAAGCCCAGGAAGUAAUGUCCGUUAGGCGGUGAAGAUUCUUGGUGACAGCACACUGGACGACAUCACUAACUCACCCCUGUCCGUCUCAAGUAACGUAUCCUCCCAUGGCGGUUUGAAAUAAAGCACCUACCUGGCAAGUGUAACCAUGCAGCAGAUGCAACAUCAAGACACUCAUCACUCUCAGGCACUCUAAAUAGUAUAUCAUCAGUACCACCAAGCCUCCUUGACCUAUUAGAAUCUGCCCUGAUGGCAUCUGUCAACAAUGACACCCAGGAACUCCAUUUCUUGGUCACUCAUCGCACAAAAUGACAGCUGCAUCCCUUCACAGAUUGAGCAUGGAAACAAAGUCACCAACUGCACUGCCCCUCUCUUGCUCCGUUUUGGCCCAUUCGCGAAUCCAUUUACGAAGACGAGGGUAUCCUCCUGUAUCAGGACCGAGUAAUUGUUCCAUCAUCACUCCGCCACCAAGUCCUCCAUAUAUAGUCUCCACGCAGCUCAUCAAGGGACAUCAGCAAUGGAACAACGUGCCCGUCAGAUAGUAUACUGGCUAGGUAUGUCGAAGGACAUUAAGGCAACAAGGGAAGGGUGUGCAGACUGUAACCGUAAUGCUCCCUCACAAGCCGCUACGCCACCCCUCCCCUCCCUACCACGUACCAUCGACUCCACUCGAAGCAGGAUACGUAGAUGUGCUCAGCUCCACAACAAGCACCAACCUCGCAGGUGCAGCCAGCCUUAUCCGCCACCUUCGUUCAUUCUUUGCAACACUUUGGGUACCGGAUGAGUUAUCAAGCUAUGGGGGCCCAGAGUUCACAGCAGGGAACACAAAGGACUUCCUCCACCGCUGGGGUGUCCGCCACCGUGUCUGCUCUGCCUACUUCCCCCCAAUCGAAUGACAGAGCAGAGCUAGGUAGCAGUUAAAACUGCUAAGCGUCUUUUGGCAUCCAAUACAGGCCCCACAGGCAACCUGGACUACGACCGAUUCCUUCGUGCCAUGCUCCAGUUGCGCAACAGCCCCCAUCCAGAUUGCAACACCUCACCUGCGCAGAUUAUAUUCUGUCGUCGCUUACGAGACACGUUGUUGUUCGUGAGCCGAUUAGAGAAGUUCUCGAAUCUAAAUAUCCGCCCACUUUGGCAUCAGGCGUGGGCAGCGAAGGAGGACGCUUUCUGUUGAAUAAGGUGGUCUGGGACAAUAGUAUUAUGAACUUCGUUUAGGUUGCAUAUGAUAGAACAUCACUUGCUGACACCAAAAAUACAAACUUCAUAUGUGCUGUUUCCAUAGUUACCAAGCCACACCCUUCUAUAUACUGAAAAAGUGCCCCUUUUUCGAGAGCAAGAGUAAUAAUGGUCAUCAAAAUAUAUAGUUAAGUUUGAAGGAAAGUCGAUAGAUGUAUUAAACAUGAUGUAUUAAACAAGAUUUCAUUAAAAAUUUUUUUUUUUCAAAAUCGGCAAAAGUUGGGUAUUUUAGACAAAAAAAAUUUUUAUAGAUAUAUUAUAAUGAUGAUAAAUAAGAUUUUUGAGGUUUAGGUUUGAGAUCUAUUUACAAUCAUUAUAUUCUGAAAAUUUGAUCAAAUUUGGACUAAUAUUGAAUGAGAGAGCGUCCCGACUUGCAAGUUGCAAUAGUUGCAAGAUAACUAUUGAAGACAAACAAAUUACAUUUAAACAGAUAAAUAGACCGCGAGCAGUCCCUCGAAGAAAUGAGGGACUGCCGACAACACAUCAAGAAACGAAAUACGCCCACUUUUCGCUCUUGUCAAAUUGGCUCCGCCUUUGCAUAAACAUUAUGUUCAAUUAAAUCUAUCCAAUAAGAAACCUGUUCAGACUGAUUUGAAUAUUCAUAUUUCAUUUAUUAUGCGAAAUACGAACGCGUACGGGGUCCCGGGGAAAAGCCCCGAAGAUUCCCGGAUGAAAGUGUGCUCGAGAGACAAAAAUAUAGUUUUUUAGUGUGUUUUGGUUUGGAAUAUAUUCAUGUUUCUUUAUAAAGUUUUGGUACUUUUCUUGGUUUAAUGUUAAUUAUUGUUGCCCCAGUCGUUAGUUGGGAUGGCCCUAAGCUGGUGGUAAUAUUAAAUGGUCCUUCUACGUCGGAUUGAAUUGGUAUAGUGGAAUUAUUUGUAUGAUAUAAAUAUGUCUGUUCAUGGUUCUGAAGCAAAUCGUGUGGUUGAAAGUGAAUUUGGUAGCGUUUCGUUGGAAGAAACACGUAUUCGAAGUAAAAGAUCGGUAGUUAAGAGGAGAAUAACUACAACUUUAGGGAGCAUUCAUUUUUUAGCUGGGGGGGUGGGCCGGAGGAAUUUGGGGGUGGGUCAUCUAAUUUUGACGUGCUUCAAAGGGGUGGGUCUUCUUAUAGUUUUGGUAUAAAUUGAGGGGGUCAUAAAAAAAAAUCAGUGAAAAAAUCACCAAUAUAAUUUUAUAGAAUUUGGAAAAAAUGUGGAUCAAGAAUGGUAGAAAGGUCUAGAAUCUAUCAACUAUCUCAUCUUUAACAAAGAAGCACAAUUCACAAAAUUUCUAUUUAUAGUCUUUUCUAAACAAUUAAAACUAUGAAUUUCAAUGUAUUAUUACUUUUAUCUUCAUGUAAAAUCUACCCACUAAGUCUAGGAUUCCUUACUGCUAUCAUCUUCAGAAUCCUCACUGCUAUCAUCUUCAUAAUCAGGUGUAACAUGCAGCUCACCAGGUAAUAAAUCUGCAAUAAUUUUUUUAGCUUCCUCAGUUAUACUAUUAACAAAUCCCGAGUUCACGGCGUUAUACAAUACUUGUGAUUCUCGUUUUUUUAAGCUUUUGACCUCUUCAAUUAUAAUAUCUUGAGUAUCAACCUUUUCGAAAAACACAACUGAAGGUGCUAUCUUUUGCAUCACUGCCAUAAGUUGCUUUUCAGAUCUUGCUCUUUUUCUUUUGUCUGCUUUCUGUUUGUUCUGCUUUCUUUUCCUAGCGUGUGAAACAGGUGCCUUUUUAGCUAGACCUCUGAAUGCAUUGGUAAACACUUGGUAUUUUUCCUCAAGUUGAACAACAAGUUCAGAGAUGUCUUUUUGCAAUUCAUUUAGCUGUGCAAUUGCUGACAAAUUAUAGUUGUGAUGUGGCACUUUGCUACGUUUAACCAACAUACCUUUCUUUUCAAAUAGACUUUGAUCAAUGGUAGCUAGGUCAUCUUUCAUCUUAAUCACCUCUGCCUUAGAUUCAAUUAACUUACUAAUGUGUUGUGACAAAACCCUUGUAUCAUGGGAUUUUGCGAUAUAAGACUCUUUCAAAUACCGACCACAAGCUGCAGGAUUUUCACCUUUCAUGAAUUCAAUUUUUUUACUAAUUGAUGAUAUUUUUGUAGAUGUACCAUAUUGCCUGCUUCUUUCUUCCAUAAACAGCUUGCGGAAGACAUUCUCAGCCUGGCAAUAAGGCCACACUGCUUCAUAAAACACUGGUAAAAGUUUCAUGUAGGCCAGUGAACGUUCACCUUUUGGAUAAGGAAUAUAGCCAAGGGAUAACUUUUUCCAUGGCUCAUUUAUACCAAGUGCUUUGUCAGUCCACUUUAAAAAGCUAUUAACAGUACGUUCUUUAGAUGUUGUAACGCUGCCAGUCGGUGUCAAAUGUGCUCUUUGUUUUGCCUUUCUCACCGCCAAUGCCACUUUUUUCCUUUGUCCAAGUAGUGGAAUCUCUAUCGAAAACUCUUUCUCGAGAAUUUCCUCUGUAAUUGUCUCGAUAAUGACUUCUAAUUCAUCAUAUCCUUUGGAAACAAAAUCAUCAAAAUAACUGCCAAUUUCAUUUUCUUUGAACCAAUCAAACACGACCUUUUCUUUCGAAAAAUCUAGGGAUUUUCCCUCCUUUUGUCGCUUGAUUGCCAACAUGAGCUGAUGUCUUUUUCCAGGUAAACAUAUUUGCUGAGAGAACUGCCCUUCUAACAAUGUUUUGUCAACACACUCUAGAAUCAAUUCUAUGGAAUCAAAGCCAUUUGAAAUAAAGACUUCAGCAUAUUCACUAAGAUUAUUUUUUGUAAACCAUUCACGAACCUCCUGCAGGUGCAAGUCCGCCAUUUUGAAAAUUCAACUACUGGAACCCAGUACGCGCUCGGUAAUAAUUAGCCUGCUCGCAGGCUAAUAUUUUCGCGGGAAACAUUUAGAUUUGAAGGUAUUAAUUUCAAUAUUUUUGAAGGAAAUUAUGGAUCAAGAUUGUUUCAAAAUAGGAUAGGUAAAUUUAAAUUAAAUUAAAUUUAUAUAUAUUUAUUAAAAGGACAAAAAAGGAGUUUCAAUUUUGUAAAACAAAAGCAUUGUUGGGUCUUGCUGGGACUCAGUGUUUAUAUAGAAACAAAAUGGCGGGCUGUGAGAACGAAGAAAGUGAAAACUUGCCGCAUCUUGCUUGGAAUGAUAAGCGAGGUUUAACAAGAUCUGCAUCAUCAACUGGUACAUCUUUGCGUAUAUCUCAACAAAAGUGCACGGUGGAAAACUGCUCAAUACGACUGGUAUCGCUAUUAGAAGGAUGCAAAGCAGAGAGGAAACGAGAGAAACUGGCAGGUUUGGUUGCUAUUUUGGAAACUUUAUUACUCCCAUCUCAAGGAGGUUUCAUGAGAUUUGAUGAUGCUUAUGAAUUAUAUUCGGGCUUUAACCUAGGAUUUCCUGAUCAGGAACAUUUUCGAGAUGAGUUGUUGAAUGAUCAGCAUGGUUUGCCUGUAGUUAUUUUUUCUUAUCCUGUAACAGAACAACGAUUUGUCCUACUGCUUGGAAAUGGACUGAAUUUGGGAAUGUUUCUACGAUUUCUAGCAGAAACAAGUACAACAGACGAAAAGAAUCCCGUAAACAGAAUUGUUUUGUCUGCAGAGUUUGUACAUGAUGUUUUAAGAUCUAUGGACACUGAGUACGAUAGAGAAUGUGCAAAGGUACUACUAAGCGCUAAUAAAUCACGUUCAGACUUGGAUGAACUAGGGAUAAAACCAGAUACUGCUGUUAAGGCAGUCAAACAUGUAAAUGGUGUUGUUCAUGAAAGUAAAAAUGCAGAACUUGCAGCAAUCGACAUGCUGAACUCCCGACUUCAGGAGCGAGAACAUAAAAUCUCAAGGGAAUUAGAAAACAUUAAUGCUUUGAUACCCGAGAAGAAAGAUCAUUGGCCAAAAAAGCGAAUAGAAGACCUUGAAGAGAAGAAAAUAUUACACGAGGAAAGACUAGCAGAAAUAGAAGUCGUCAAAAAAAGAGAAAGCAAGUAUGGCAAGCAGCAGUUCAAACAGGGAGUGAAACGAAUAGCUGACAAGAUAGUAGAAGAAAAUCGCACAAAGCGUAGAAAACUUGGACAGGGAGCCUCGCGAAAAGUUGACAGUGAUGAUGAAGAAUUCAUUGUAAAAUGUAUCGAAGACAAAGCCACAGCCCAUGGCAGACGUCAUGACUCUGUUCUUUAUUUAAAUCACAGGAUGAAAACUAAGGACUUUAGAGACACAGUUAAUUACCACCGGACAGAGUUAGGAAAGAAGCCAAUACGUUCUAGUACAACAAUCUACAAUCGUUCUAGACCAAAAAACAAGAGAAGCCUUCAGUCGAGGAGACAUAUUGGAAAGGGCUUAUUUUGUGCAAAAAAGCCACCCAAAACAGAAGAUAAAUCUAAUGUUUGCACGCAUCACCAGCGAUGUCAUGUAAAGAAUGAAAAGCAUGCAAUGUUUGGAAUAAAAAACAAAGAUGCGUGGCAUUUUAAUCUCAUCAUAAGCAAAGAUGAUAAAGCCUACAUUAGACCGGGAACAGAUGUGGGAAUGACCGGCGCACGAAAUCAAGUGAUUUUUCAACCAAUAAAUGAAGAAAGGGCCAGGAAGCUUCCUCAACAUGACUUUGCAAAUCCCAAAGUGUAUAUUACUCCAGCUACGCAUCGCUUUAUUGAGAAAGAGGGUGAAUUAGUCGGUGACGAGGAGGUGCUUAUGACAAAGAAAGACAAAACUGUUGUUAUGGUGCGCUCAAAGUUUUAUGUUCCAAGCGAUGGAACAACCUGGGCUUCUGAUUACAUGCGCCUUAGACAUGAACACCCUGAUCUCUUUGAAGUUGAUUCGGACUUGGAUUAUAAUAAAUACUCAAUUCCAUUCCGGAAACUAUGUGCUGUUUUAAAGGACAACGUUGGAUAUUUUAUUCAGACGAAUAUGAAGGAAGAUGUCCUUUGUGUAACUGGGGAACCAGAAUGCUGUUUUAUGUUGUAUGAGCAGAAACGUAUUCAACAUUUAUUGCAUUCUUUUCAAAAGGCCAAGGAGAUAUGGGAGCUAGAAAAGGUACAUGUGGAACCAGCAGAAAUUUUGUUAGGCAAUGAACUUACUGGUGUAGACAUCAUAAUUCAACUCACCGAGGGACUUCAAAAGGCUCUAGAUGAUCUUCAAACAAAAUCUGGAGAUAGUCUUUGGAAUACUUAUGAAGAACUUACAAAUCUUGGAAAUAAGUUGCUACAAAAAAUUUCCGAAUAUAAACUUGCUCCAGUGAAACCCAACAUAUUGGAACUUACAGAUGGGGGACCAGGUGUCGGAGUCAGCAACUUUGAAGUAAGGUUCAGAGAUGCUGAAAUUGCUAUGCUACACAAAUCAGAUCGACGAACUAGAAUUCACCGCGCUACAAAUGACUCAGGCCAGAAUGAAGCAGAGAGAAGUAAUGCAUGCAUUGGCGAUGCACUGGUUGAUGGGGGAAGUUUACAUUGGGAAUAUUACAAAGAAUUAGAAGGGCUUACAGAAGAUGAAGUAGCUGAAAUGUCUCUUAAAGAGGUAGAGGAAUUUGAGAAUAACAGGAUGGUUAAAAAUGCAUAGCGAGUUGCGGAAGAGGUUCAUAUUCGUAUCAAUGGAGAACCAGCACCAAAGGGUUUUAUUGCAUCUGCCGUCUCGGAAAGACCUGGUGUCGAAUUCUUUUAUAACAAGGAGUGGCUAACGAAAUACAACAUUACUUCAACUACGAAGCGGCCUGAAGUACCUGGCCAUUCAUACUUCCAGAAAGUUGAGAAAUUCUUCGAGAUGCAUUAUGAAAGAGGAGAGUUAUACAUGGAGUUCCUCAAGAAAGAUUGCUUGUCGAAAGUGGGAAGAUCAUGUAAUGCCUGCACAGAGUGGAUAGGCCCUGAGUCUACAAAGCGAACGCCACGUCCUUUUCCAGACACCUCUUCUCCUUCUCAUCAUUAUCUCCCUUUAGAGAAAACUCCCACCAUAAAUGUUGAUGAUAGCACGAGAGAGCCCGACGAUUUCCAACCAAGAGCACAAUUGCGAAAACGUUUUUUUAACAAAGACAUAAAACUUGGUGACAGUGAGGAAAUUGAAGCAUUUUCAAAACAGUACAUUGUAGGGGUUGAUUUAAUAGAGGAAUAUCUUCAACACCUAACCAACAUAGAAUUAAGAAAAUUAAAACGAAAGCAAGAAAAGGAGAAGUUGAAGGUGAGUGAAGCUUCAAAAUCUUACAGUGACUAUGACUGGGAGAAACUUUACAAAACGGGAAGGCUGAAAAAUCUUAAAGUAUGCGAACUUGAUAAGUAUGUGCAGCAUUACAAAUUGACCACCAGGAAGCUGACGAAAGCAGAAAAGCUUCAGUUGUUGUCAGCUCACAUUAGCCAGAGAAUCUGUCAGAAAAUAAUAUCAAAUGCCAAAGCAACAACCUCGCAAGCUCCUUUCAGUCAGUCAGAACAUGAUUCACAAAGUAGUAGCAGCUCAGAAGAGUCCAGUAGUGAUGAUGAAGUACUGAACGUAUUUGGCGGUUACUCGAGAGAACAUGACUCAUUUGGAGAUGCGAUAAUGGAUGAGGAUAGCGAUGAGGAUGACUUUCCAGUGGGUGAGAUAACAGUAAACCGUUAUGGACGAAAA